AUGGAGAUCAAGGUGACUCAACAAGAGGCAGAACAGCUAAUGCUGGAGACACCUACAACAGCCAACCUGCGUCAUUGGUCCAAAGAAUACAGCGCGGAACCCCAUCUCGCCGGCGAUCUGGCCCACGCCACACGCAUCCGAGAUCUUUGGAGAUCAUACGGCAUUCCCACGGAACUGGAACAAUACGAUGUGCUUCAAAACUUUCCCGUGUCACAAAGCCUGCAACUCCUCGACUCCGACCGAGAAGUAGCAUUCGAAGCUUCAUUGACAGAAGACGAGGUUCCUGAAGACCCCACGUCAUCACCUAAGAAUGGUCUCCCGGCAUUCCACGGCUUCAGCGCCAAUGGCGAGGCCUGCGCCGAGCUAGUUUACGCAAACUUUGGCGAGUUGAGAGACUUUGAGCUUCUUGAGUCAAAGGGGAUCUCAGUCAAGGGGAAGAUUGUCAUCUGCAAGUACGCCAAAGUCUUCAGAGGCUUGAAGGUUCGGGCGGCAGAGCAGUACGGUGCUGCUGCUGUUGUAUUGUACAACGAUCCACAAGAAGACGGGAAGUACACCGAGGCCAAUGGUUACAAGCCUUUCCCACAUGGACCAGCCAGACACCCCAAGUCUAUUCAGAGAGGAAGCGUCGACUUUUUCUCGAUAGCUGUCGGAGACCCUACGACCCCUGGGUACCCAAGCUUGCCUGGAACUAACGUCGAACGCCAAGAUCCUGGACACGCAACCCCGAAGAUACCAUCUCUUCCGAUAUCCUAUGCCGACGCUGUUCCAUUCUUGAAAGCCCUGAAUGGACAGGGAACUUACAAAUACGCUCCGAUCUACAAUGUCAUAGGAACGAUUCGAGGACUGACGGACGAAAGUAUUGUUCUUGGAAAUCACCACGAUUCCUGGUGUUGCGGUGCCAUUGACCCUGUCAGCGGAACAGCUGCUAUGAAUGAGGUCGCCCGCGCUUUGGGAGAGCUGUGCCAGAGAGGUUGGAGACCAUAUCGCAAGAUAAUACUGGCAAAUUGGGAUAAUGAAGAGUACGGCUUGGUGGGUUCCACCGAAUGGGGUGAGCAUCACCAGGAAGAACUGAGCAAGAAUUGCGUAGCUUACCUCAACGUCGACGAGGCUACAAAUGGCGGCCAAGUACUCGGAGUCACUGGUAGCCCCCUUUUGGCCAGUGUCCUUAGGGAUGUUACCCAAUUGAUCCGGUCGCCAAUCCACGAAGGCAAGACUGUCUACGAUGACUGGCUUGGUGAUCAACGUCGGACCGACCCUGGGCGUCCGACCCCAGUGCUUGACCUCAUGGGAACCGGGAGCGAUUACACAGUCUUCUUCAACCAUCUUGGCAUUCCCUCUGUUGAUCUUCUGUUCAAUCGCCAGGGCCAAGGAGUUUAUCCUUAUCACUCCAACUAUGACAGCUUCUACUGGGUUGAGAAGUUUGGUGACGUGGGCUUCAAGAAGCAUCGUGCCAUGGCUCAGCUGUGGGGACUUCUGACUGUUCGGCUCGCUGGUACUGGAAGCAUCAUAUUUGAGGCUGUGGAGUAUCCCAAGGUUCUUGCGCAUCACUCAAAACAGCUGAAGACCAAAUACGGCAGUUUCCUUGACCUCUCGGCCCUUGACGGAGCGAUCAGUCGAUUUCAUGCUGCAGCUCUCGAAGUGGACGCGAGAUCGAACACCAAAGCUUCUCCAACGAGCUUGCAACCCGAAAGCGGUAUCUUUGCUCCUGGACUUUGGUAUGGAUACGAUGGAGUUAUCUUUCCCGGGAUCGUGGAAUGCAUGGAGGCGGAAGACACGAAAGGUGUGACCGAGUGGAUCGCGAAGAUCGUUGAAGCCAUCGAGAAAGUAACAAGGCUUCUCCUGAUUAACACUGGAGUAUGA